AUGUCUCUCAGAUGUUUCUGUUCGUUUAACAAUCUAACAAAGAAACAGAAACUAAGCAUACAUGAAGAUGUCUACGCAUACUUUGCACACGCUACUCGCGAAAAAGCAAAAUGUCAGAAAAUAACCAAGUCUCUGCUACGCCUCGUUCUAAUCACGUCGAUGGUGCCAGGACAGGGUAUGGACCCGUUGAUUCAGAUACCAUCAACCUAUCGACCUACGACAUACACUCCUAUUUCACAACGACACCACAGUCAAUCACAGCGAUCUAGUCAAUUGUUUAAAGGACUUGCAUUCUGGGGACAAUUUGGCAAAUUAUGGGCCAAGAGCGAAAGCAUCACGCGAAGCAAAUCGUAUUUAAUGAACCAUGCGUACUGGGUUUGCGGAGCAGCGGUGCCAUUAUCUUCAUCUUGUUCUUCUCAAACCCUAGCCCGCCAAGCUGUCAUUCAAUACUAUCAUAUACUUUCCGAUGCCCUGGUGCUGUAUUAUAAUGACAAGCUAUCGAGCUUUACAUUCGACGAGAAUCAUCUCAUCCGUUCGAGUUUUCGUUCCAUUGAUGAAACCAUCCAUUCUAGCGGCGUCAUACUGGCCGAGCUAUCCACGCUAUAG